CAGUAAAAGUUCAAAUAUGAAAGUUCAAGAAACCAAGGCCUUACCUUUGUUGUUGAUUCAGGUGCUGGUCAUGGCUGCUCUCGUGCACGAAAGCGCGGGUCAUCUCUGCGGGAGCACCUUUUUCGCGGCCCUCGUUCAGCUCAUCCCUUGCAGGGCUGCCGUCGCUCCGUUCAGUCCGAUUCCCCCAAGCGAAGCUUGCUGUGCUUCGGUGAAAGCUCUAGGCCAGCCUUGCCUCUGCGUGCUUGUCAAUGGACCUCCGAUUUCUGGUGUCGAUCGAGCUAUGGCAAUGCAACUCCCUGAGAAGUGCGCGGCCAAUUUCGAACCAUGUAGGUUCUAUUCUAACUAUCUGCUAUUUUACAAUUAG